AUGUCGUCCCAUCGUCCGAGAGGCCAGGAUUUGGUAACAUGGAUACUUGCCGAGCUCGUAUCCUCUUCCGAAUCGACAUUCACACAAGCCGAUCUUGAACGACUUGAGAUUUCAGUCAAGAGCUUUAGGCCCACAGACCCCGAGUUUCUUGAUGACAGAAAAAACCCGUUCGACAAAGAAAAUAUUAAAAGAUGGGAAGUCCCGGAUAGUGAGGCCGAAUACGAAGCCGUCCAUAAGCGCCUUGACAUCCAAGAUGUGCCUUCGCACCUUGCUCAGAAGCCAACAGAAGCUGAGAUAAUGCGAGCUACAAGGAAGGUUAUUGGAUAUCUUCAGACAAACUACACUUUCCGGUGCGAAGGGAGAACUAGGGCAACUAGGCGGCCUUUGUCAGAGGAGCUCGGGUGGGCGGAGAUUGAUUGUGAAGAAUUUACCGGCGGAGACGGAGGACUAUUGUUCCCUACUCCUGGAAGAUAUAUAGGACAAGACUACCCCGGUUGGAGGUUCCGGUCGCUACAAGAAUGGUGGACGAAUGUCGAUAUGCUAGCUGGGCCCUCGACUCAAAUAGUCAUUUUCACCGAUGGAAUUGGUAAGGAGGACCGAUUACUCCUCAGUGAGCUUGGGGCAAUAGUUCAGGUGAUCGCAUUUCGUCGAACCCGGCCCGUAUUCAGCCAUUACCACAUCUUCCCAGUCCUAAUGCUAUCUUUCUUCGGGCCUCGACAUGGAAGGAUACUCCAGGCCUGCUACGACUCGCGUUCUCAACAGCUCGAAAUCCAGAUCUCACCAAUCUUCAGUUUUCUCAGAAAGAACGAUGAGUCCUUCGAUAUCUUUUUGCGAUUCAUGGCAAGCUACCCGCCUGAGACACUGGACAACUCUAUAUUCUAG